AUGCCUCCAUCUUCAACCAUCGCAAAGAUCAUCGCCAACGUUAUCAUUUUCACAAUGGCGGCUAAUUCUAGGUCAAAAUCUUUUCGUGAUAUCGUGCGCAACAAUCCUGGAUUUCUCAUAAAUCCUGUCCAAUGGACUUCGCGUCACCUUGAUCUGGUGGGGUGUCGAUUCGAGGAUGUCGGAACUCCCCCUGUCCACACAGAAUCUACUCAAAACGACCACAGGAAAAAUGAAAGUCGAAACCGUUGCCUAACGCCACCAAGCGAUGCCGAGGUAAUCGCUAUGAAUCCGUUCCCUACCAUGAAGCAUCGUAGUCUUAUCAGCAUUUUGGUUGACAAGGAGCGCACCUUUGCAUAUUCUAGUAAAGGAGCUCCAUUCUAUUUUCAAGGUCGGCCUGUUCACCGACCAGAAUAUACUGUGUUUCAUCGCCGUGAAAAAAUCGUCGAUCACAUCCAUAAUGGCUCACCCCCGUUGGUAGGCUAUGUACAUUACACAAGUGUCAAUGGAGAUCGCAGGAGACAUUUUGAGCCCCGUCCAGGUUCACGAGGAGUUAGUUACUCCGAUGGAGCGAGUAUUCAGAAGCGACUAGCUCAGACAACCCCAAAGGAAUGGACCGAAGAUCCAUAUUUUAUGUGUCACUUAUUGGCUCUUGCGCAGCUUCAAGAACGCAGGCUCGAUUGGUCAAAACCAACUGUUUACACCUCCCGUCUUCUCGUGACACACGUAUUAGAUCGGGAAUACAUACUUUAUUACGAGGCUCAAGUCACCACCGAGCUCCUGAAUGUGCUCAGGAAUCCGAAGGAUGCAACAAGCCCCAUGAAAUGGCCUACAAUUCGGCGGAGAAAAGUUUCAUACAAGCCUUAUCAUACAUUCGCCGGCCGACUCAUCGCCGAGCUAGUGGCGUCCAGUCCCCUACCCUCCAACUGCCUCUUAAAUUCAGUAGAUGAUGUGGACGGUGCCAUUGAGCACUGUACGAAACGGCCGCACGAACAGAAUGACAGCGGAGCAUACAAGGUAAGGCGGAUUUCAAAGAGAUGA